AUGUCAUCCGAAAGACAACCACUUUUGAGUGGCGCACAAUUACCUGCAGGUCGAGAUGUUCAAAAUGCUUUACCUUCAAAAGGUCAAAGGAUCAAAGUAGCUCAAGUCAGUGGUGCUUUAGGUGCAGGCAAACUACCUUCUCAAAGCCAAGUAUCUAAAAUGAUCCAAACCGUUCUCGACUCUGAUACGCUCAAAGCUACCGGUGGACCAAACUCACGAACUGCCCGUCUUGGUGCUGAAGGUUCUAGAGUACUGGAAAACCUUAAAGACGUCUUGAAAGCUACCAAGGCAUGGGGUGAAGCUAAGAACGAUGACGAUUUAUUACAAAAUUUCUUCUACAACGCUGCCACUGCCGAUGUUGACGUUGAUGUUUCAACCGCCAACGGACCAUCCAAAAAGGAACUGUCAAAAGAUGGUCAACGAGCCAUCGAAUCCUUCCGAACUAUCGCCUCAUUAAUUGCAACAAACGACACCUUCCGACAACUCGGAUCCGAUCUCAUCUUCCUCACCAGAGAUAUCUUCGCUGACGCAGCUUCAGUCGCUGCCGAUAACGCCAAACAAGCAGCAGAGAAAAGUCGACCCUCUCAAAAAGAAAGAGAACAAGGAUUUGAUUUCAACGGAGCGAAAAACAAGGGUAAAGCAACUUCCAAAGGCUUGGCGACGGGUAAAUUACAAGGUGAAGUAAGAGAAAGUAUCUGGGAUGAAGUCGAAAAUGCAAAAUCAUAUUUCGAUGAAAAACUUCCAGAAGGUGAAGAAGCAAGGGAUCAACUUGUUCAAAGACUUCAACAAGUAGUCACUCAAGCUCAAUCAAAUCCUCAGUAUAGAAGAGCCCUCACCACCAUUGUUGAUCUGUUCAAGAAAUACGCUCAUAAAGCUGAAGAUGCUUUGGAUGAGACUAAGAAGAACAGUGAUAUCGAUGAUGAAGAUGAAAAAGUUCAACAAGCAGGUAGAGAUUUGAAAGCUUUCGUUGAAAAGGUAUCGAAUAAAAGCUUAGACGAUGUCAUCAACGCUUCUCAAAAGGCUGCCGAAGACGUCAAGAACGACGAGAAACUAUCAGCUUACUUUAACGAGCUUGGACAAUUCUUUGACCGACUCUUGUAUCAACCCGGAUACGUCGUCUCUCAACGAGCUUACCGAAAAGCCACUUCUUUAUACGACGACGGUCAAUCUUUGAUCGCUGAAAAUCCUACAUGGAAAAAAGAUGCUCAAGAAUUGCAAGACCAACUCGAGUCUGUCGUCAAUGGAAUCACCAACGACGGACCCACAAACAAACUCGUCCAGUCUAUCGAUGCUUUAGGAGACUCGCUUGCUUCAGCUGGCAAAGUUGGCGUCGGUGCACUCAAAGCCGAAGGUCAAGGAUUGUAUAGAGAUUUCAUCGAUGUCAUCGUCCCUAGAUUAAUCACUUUAGUCAAAGAAAUCCCCGUUCCAAGAGUUGAAUACAAGUCCGAAGAUGUCGACCUUGUCAUCGACGACAUCAAACUCGAAUCCCUCUCAUUCAUCCCUGAUUCCAUCAGGUUUAUCCAACACAACGAUCUUCGCUUCACCCAAGGAUACGCUACUUAUGCAUCUGAAUACGAUGCCUCUGUCCGACUCCGUGUCCAAGGUCUUCACUUUGAAGCUUCCAACAUUGCCUUCUGGGUAAACCUCAAGACUGGAUUCAUGCCCUUUGAGGAUUCCGGUGUGCUUGACAUCAAAUUCGGACCUCAAGGCAUCAACUUUGAUGUAACUCUUGAGAACGCCGCUGAAGAAGACCAAGAGACAUUCUUUGUUGUCAAAGAUGUACAAGUUUGGAUUUCUGGCUUCGACUUUGAAAUCAGAAAAAACAACAAAUGGUUAGCUGUGUGGUUUGCCAAACCCGUCAUCAAGGCUUUCGUAAAGCGAAACCUCACUCACGCUCUUGAAGCUCAAAUCGCCGAAUACCUCCGACAAGCUGAUUUCAAACUCUAUGGUCUUCAACAACGUGCCAUCGCAGCCACCAACGCCAAACCCACCGCUGCCAACUUUAUCAACGCUGUAUUCAGUGAUUCCAUCUUCCCUCAAACCUCGGCUUCUGGACCUGUCACCGUGGGAUCCAAGGGUGUUGUCAAAUAUGGCAAGAGAGGAGAAUACGUCUUGCACAUUGGUGUUGACGAGGAUCUCUUCCCCAACAAACCACCUUCUUACGUAUCCAACACUCAAAGGCAGAAACUCAAGGCCGCUGCUUCAUCCACCUCCAACCGAGCCGUUGGAUCAGCCGAUCAGUUCAAAGCUAAAGGUAAACAAGCUGCCGAUCAAGCCAAGAAGGAAGGUGAUGACCUUACUUCUAAAGCCAAAGAACAAAAGAAGAGAGAAGAGAAGAGCGAGGGUUGGAGAAGUGACGCUUUUGAUAUCUAG